CCAGUCUAUGCUCUCAAAUACAUCCGUGUUCUCGAAGCUAUGGGAAAUGGGGGCAGCAAUGCCAUCAUUAUCACCACUGCAGUUUUCUUCGGGUUUUCGCUAGUCACUGUGUGUCUCCGCUGCUUUGUUCGAUUGAAAAUUGUGAAGUCUUUUGGGCCCGACGAUGUGUUGAUGGUAGCGGCAACAGUUUUCAAUAUGGCAUUCGCUAUAUGCGGCAUCGUGGGCGCCUUAUAUGGGAUGGGAAAGGCGCGAGAGUUUUUAAAUCAUAGACCAGACGACGUUCGCCGCGGCUUACUGUGUUGGUGGCUAGGACAGAUCUUUUACGUAUUUACUUGCAUCAUUGUAAGACUAUCUAUUGCCACCACCCUUCUUCGUCUUACGGUCGAGCGCAUUCAUUCGUGGAUUCUUUACGGUAUUAUGAUGACUUCGACGGUGGUAGGGACCGUUUUCCUUUUCUUCUCAAUCUUCCAAUGUUGGCCAGUCGCAUACUACUGGAAUCGAUCAUCAAUGCAAGGCCGAUGUCUUGAUAUAGACAGUCUUCUUGGUAUCGUCUAUAUGUAUAGUGGGGUGACGGCAGCAUGUGAUUUCACCCUUGGUUUCCUACCUGUUUUCAUGAUUUGGAGGCUUCAAAUGGAUCGUGGAACGAAAUUUGUUGUGUCGGCAAUUUUGGGCCUUGCUUGCAUAGCUAGCAUGGCUGUCAUAAUCCGCAUCCCAUUUCUGCACUAUGCAGGCAAACCAGACUUCCUUCAUGAAACAACACAGAUUUCAAUAUGGUCGAACGUAGAAGCCAGUCUAGGCAUAGCUGCCGGUAGCCUAAUGACGGUUCGACCGUUGUUUCGGGCUUUAAUUACUUCUUUUCCGACGCUGAACAGUUGGUCUGGUGGUGAAGAGCUUGAAUCGCGUUGGGAACGCCGACAUCCUUAUCAUUAA